CACAAUUGAAAAGGUGGUUUGACAUUUGUGAAUUUCGCGUUGUGGACAUAUUACUCAUUUUUUCUCGAUUUAUUUAUUAAAUUUAGCAUAAAAUAUGGAACCAUAUGAUGUAAUUGUCAAUCAGCCCGUUGUCAUUGAUAAUGGUUCCGGCGUGAUAAAAUGCGGAUUUGCUGGAGAUCAGAUACCGAAGUGUCGGUUUCCAAACUAUAUCGGUCGUCCAAAACAUGUUCGUGUAAUGGCCGGCGCUCUGGAAGGUGAUGUCUUCGUCGGACCGAAAGCGGAAGAACAUCGCGGUUUGUUAAGCAUAAAAUAUCCAAUGGAACAUGGCAUUGUAACGGAUUGGAACGACAUGGAAAAGAUUUGGAAUUACAUCUACAGCAAAGACCAAUUGUCAACAUUUUCGGAAGAGCAUCCCGUACUGUUAACGGAAGCACCACUCAAUCCGCGACAGAAUCGAGAAAAGGCCGCAGAAAUAUUCUUCGAAACGUUUAAUGUGCCUGCGUUGUUUGUUUCCAUGCAAGCGGUGCUUAGUUUAUAUGCAACUGGACGUGUGACCGGUGUCGUGUUGGAUUCGGGCGAUGGUGUUACACAUGCUGUUCCCAUAUACGAAGGAUUCGCCAUGCCACAUAGUAUAAUGCGUGUAGACAUUGCCGGUCGUGACGUGACCCGGUAUCUGAAAGCGUUGAUACGAAAAGAAGGUUUCAAUUUCCGCACAACGGCCGAAUUCGAAAUAGUCCGAUCGAUCAAGGAGACUGCGUGCUACUUGAGUACCAAUCCAUUGAAGGAAGAAAAUAUCGACGCAGAGAAGGUGCUGUACACGUUACCCGAUGGCAAUACAUUCGAUAUUGGACCAGCUCGAUUCCGAGCGCCGGAAGUGCUAUUUCGGCCAGAUCUCUUAGGCGAUGAAUGCGAAGGCAUCCACGAAGUUCUAAUGUACUCAAUCCAAAAGUCUGACUUAGAUUUGAGGAAAAUUUUGUAUCAAAACAUAGUCUUAUCGGGUGGUUCCACACUGUUCAAGGGAUUCGGUGAUCGGCUGCUGUCGGAACUGAAGAAAGGAGUGGCUAAGGACAUGAAAAUUCGAAUUGCAGCGCCACAAGAACGUCUAUACUCAACAUGGAUGGGUGGAUCAAUUUUAGCUUCGUUGGAUACGUUCAAGAAGAUGUGGGUGUCUAAGCGAGAGUUUGAUGAAGAAGGUCAACGGGCAAUCCAUCGCAAAACGUUUUAGUUUACGCAUAUUUUAAAUGAGAAGAAACUCCAGAUGCAUUUUCAUUUCUUUUUCUUAUAUUCGUUUCCUCACUCUCCCCCCAGCCUCGGCACAAAAUGUUCCACAAGUACGAUAGUGUUUUCGUGAAUUAAAACUGUUUUGAUUUCAUUACGCCCAUUACUCUUUUGGGUAAUGUCUGUUGUCGUCAUACAUGCUACGUACUUUUUUUAACGACUUCUUAUGGUCUAAGGCUAAAUAAAAUGCUGUGUCGCGCUCAAAUGAAUCGGGAAAAAGAAAGCAUUUCGGACGUUCAUUUUCGAUGUGUUAUCAAGUACAUUUUUGUCAAACCAAUUUGACCGCAGUGAAUUUAAAUUUAAUUUUGUAUUAACUGGAUGAUUUAAUCUGAUGAGAACGAAAAAAGACCAUUGAAAACUUAAACUAUAUUUAUAUAUCGGAAAAUGCUUCUUAUUUAUACAAAUUUAAUGUGGUAAAUAUAAAUAGAAACUUAAAAAUACAAAAAAAAAAGUUUAAAAAAUUUAACCAAA